AUGCCAAAAAAUCAGCUAAAACAACAUCGAUCGCUAGACAUCAGUGACAUAUAUCGUAAAGUAGUCAUUAUAAGUGAAAAAAUUAGCAAUACGAAGAGGGCACAUUGCAGUAUUAGCCUAGAGGAUACAGGUUUCAAUAAUACGGGCAAUGCAGAUAUUGUUCGCUCUGUUCUAUCGAGCAAACGAGCAAAUGGCAAGUCUUCAACUAGUUUUAUACCAUUGACCUCAAUAAUAAAUAAUACUGAAGAAUCAGAGACACAUGAAAGUAUAGAAAAGAUUAAGGAGAAUUGCCGAGAGUAUCAAUUCACCGAAUUGGACACUGUAAAGGAAAUACGAAAUCGUACUUUUUCGAACUGGCCACAUCGAAUAUCACCUUCCAGUGCACAAAUGAUUGAAGCUGGAUUUUUUAACUGCAAUGUAGGGGAUCGAGUCAUUUGUGUAUAUUGCAAUAUAAUCUGUCAACAAUGGACUCCAAACACUGACAAUCCAGUGGAAAUACACAAAACACUUUCUCCUAAAUGUCCAUAUGUGCUUGCAAUUCUUGAUCGUCAGCAACUAUCAGCUAUCCAAAUUAUGAAUGAUCAGUUCAUGAGAGAUAAUUGGACAGGGGCGAUGAAUGCAGAUACACUUCGUUGUGGCGAUAUAGUGAAUACGAUUGCCUGCCAUCAAAAUUAUAUGGAAAUCCCACGACGUUACGCAUCAUUUGCUACAUGUCCCACUGAAAAUCUACCAUCCGUUGAGAAUUUAGUCAAAGCAGGCUUCUUUUAUACCGGUAGUAAAAAUAUUGUAACGUGCUUUUAUUGCAAUGGAUCAUUACAGAACUGGGGAGUAAACGAUAAUCCAAUGAUUGAGCAUGCUCGUUGGUUUCCACACUGCGGAUAUGCAAAACAAUUAUGCGGUGCAGAACUGUAUAGGAAAAUUCAAAACUCUAAAGAAUGUCAAAAAAAAAAUGACAAGAAGACCCCACCAAGUAAUCAAUAUGGAACAAAUACGGGUAGUUCUCAAAGUAGAACAUUGGAUUCCACAGAUGAGAUCACUAUCUCGAGACUGGUAGCGGCCCGACUUGACUUGCCGAUGUCACAACGUUUGCUUGAGCAAAACUUCAAGUUAUCGAUCAUCAAGCGCUGUUGGGAAGAUCAACUGCGACUAAAAGGGGAAGAUUUCGCUGACGAUUGUGAUCUAAUGGUUGCAUGCAUCAUUCUUCAAAAAGAAAUCAAAUACAUUGAUGGAAAAAAAGAGAAUAUUAUUAUUCCAAAUGUAGCAAUGAAUAAGAUUCACGAAAGACAACAAACAGAGAAUUUUUCUUAUGAACAAGAGAAUUCUGAAAAGGUUCUAAUAAAAUCUUUAAAUAAUACUGAUGUCGAGAUGUCGACAUUAUCCAAAUCUGCCGUUUGCGAUACAACUGAAAAAAAGCCGUUAAUAAAUAUCAACAAAAAUGUUCAUGCAACAUUAAAUGGUGCAGAUGGUUUUACUCAACACAUGGAGAAAGAUUCGGCACUAGUGUACCCUUGCAAUUUAUGCUUGACAGAAGAAAAAUGUCUUAGCUGUAUACCCUGUGGACACGUGGCAACGUGUGUUCCUUGUGGCCAUUCCCUUCGAUCGUGUCCAAUAUGUCGCUCAGAAAUUAAGGCUUUUGUGAGAGUGUAUUUUUGA